AAUUAUCCACAUUUCCACUCUCUCGUUUACUUCUUCUUCUUCUUCGUUUCACCCACUCACUUCAUUCUCUCUCCAAAACCUUCACUUUCUCUAUCUAUCUUCAAAACAAUGGGAAACAUGUUUGACAGUAGCAAGACCAUAUGGGGAAACAUGAACCAUGGAUCGUCACGUUACUCUCUCAACGGCAAAAUCAUGCUUGCUUCCGUCAUCAUCCUCUUCGUCGCCGUCAUUUUAAUCCUCUGUUUCCACAGCUACGCCAGAUGGUUGUUCCGCCGUCAAAACCGCCGUAUUCGCCGCCGUAUCAGUGCUCACCUCCGAUCACUCGCCGCCGCUCGAGACCCCACUCAAUCAUCCUCAUCUCUAUCUCCUCUUGAUCCGACGGUGCUCGAGAAGAUCCCGAUAUUCGUCUACUCCGCUAAAACCCAUGAAUCUCCACUGGAGGAGUGCUCUGUUUGCUUAUCGGAGUUCGAAGAAGACGACGAAGGACGUGUCCUUCCCAAAUGCGGCCACGUGUUCCAUGUUGAUUGUAUUGACACGUGGUUCCGGUCCAGAUCAAGUUGUCCUCUUUGUAGAGCUCCGGUUCAACCCGCACAGCCGGUUACCGAAUCCGAACCGGUUGCUGCCGUGUUCCCGUCGGUUAAACCAGUUGAAGAUACCGAAGCCGGAAGUUCCUCAUCAUCGGACGAAUCCGAAUCCUCGACGCCGUCGUCCUCCUCUGGGUCGCCGGUGAGGUUUCCGAUGGAAGCUUGUGAGAGAGCACCGAUUGAUUUAAUCGGUAUAAUUGUGGAGAUCCCCAGGGAAUUUGAAGAUUCUAAUUCGGGUCUACCCGGAGAUAACGGGUCGAAUAACCGGACUUCAUUACAAAGGCAAUGGAGUAUUUGAUUACAAAAUUGGAUAGUGAUGGAAUCCGACCCGAUAUCCGGGAAAGCGGGUGGGCAAAUUCGGAUUCUAAAGAUUGGGAUAACCGAUCCGGUAAUCUGGGGAAGCGGGCAGAAUCGUAUUACU